AUGUCAGACUUACCAGUUAACCCAAUUGUCAUUGUAGGAGGUGGAUUAGCAGGGUUGUCAGCAGCACAUCAAGCUUAUUUACGUGGAGCUAAUGUUGUUUUAUUAGACAAACAAGGAUUCUUAUCAGGAAAUAGCGGUAAAGCCACUUCAGGUAUCAAUGGUGCAUUGACCAGGACCCAAACUAAAUUGAAGAUUGAUGAUUCCGUGGAUAAAUUUUAUGAAGAUACGUUGAAAACAGCAAAAGAUAGGGCUAACCCGGCUUUGAUUAAAGUCUUGACUUACAAUUCUGCUGAUGCUGUUCAUUGGUUACAAGAGGUGUUUGGAUUAGAUUUAACUGUGGUGCUGAGACUAGGUGGUCAUUCACAACCUCGUACUCAUCGUGGUCAUGAUUCCAAGUUCCCUGGAAUGGCUAUUACUUAUAGAUUAUUGGAAACAUUGGAGAAAUUGAGUGAAGAUGAACCGGAUAGAGUGGCCAUUUUGAAGCAUUGCCAAGUUAUUGAUUUGAUCAAAGAAGGAGAAGAUAGGGUAGUUGGUGUUAAAUACAAGAGUUUGCAAGAUAAGUCGAAAUCAGAAGUUUAUGGACCUGUGAUUAUGUCAACUGGUGGGUAUGCUGCCGAUUUCACCAAAAACAGUUUAUUGCGUAAAUAUCGUCCUGAUAUUAUUGAUUUACCUUCAACGAAUGGUGUGCAUGCCACCGGAGAUGGACAAAAGAUUAUCAUGAAGAAUCAUGGUGUUGGCAUUGAUAUGGAUAAGGUUCAAGUUCAUCCGACUGGAUUAAUUGAUUACAAUGAUAAGGAUGUUAUAGCAGGAAAAACUCAACCCCGAUUCUUGUUUCUUGGUGCUGAAGCAUUGCGUGGAGAAGGAGGUAUUAUGUUGAAUGGUAAAGGCGAUCGAUUUGUCGAUGAAUUGGGAACUAGAGAUUGGGUAUCUGGUGAAAUGGAGAAACAAAACAAGGCUGGGAAUGGGCCAAUUCGAUUGGUAUUGAGUGAAGAAUCGGAAAAGAAGUUGGAGUUUCAUAUUAAACAUUAUACACAAAGAAAUUUGAUGAGAACAGUUACAGGUAAACAAUUAUGCGAAGAGAUUGGAUGCAGUGAAGAGCAUUUGCAACAUCAAUUGGAUACUUAUAACAAAGCAGCCAAAGGUGAAAUUAAAGAUCCCUAUGGCAAGCAAUUCUUCCCAGCUACCCCGUUUGAGUACAAGCCAAAUGCAAAGUAUCAUGUGUCUUUCAUAACUAGAGUCUUGCAUUUCACCAUGGGCGGUGUCAAAAUCAAUGACAAGUCCCAAGUUCUUACUGACAAAGAUACUCCAUUUGAAGGAUUAUAUGCUGCGGGUGAAGUAGCUGGUGGUGUUCAUGGACACAAUAGAUUAGGUGGAUCUUCCUUAUUAGCAUGUGUUGUUUAUGGAAGAUUAGCAGCUGAUGAAGCAUGUAGUUAUGAGUUGCAAAAAUUGAGCAAAUCGGGAAGUGGUAGUGGAGAUGAUGAUGGAUCGGGAAACAAUGCCACCCAGAGAUUGAAAAUGAUUAAUUUACACAUUGAUCCAAAUACCAAUAGAAUAAUCAUUGAUAUGAAUAACCAGGGUGGAUCAUCCACUGGUGAAUCGAGUAAUACCACCAGUGGUGCUGAGCCAGCAAAGCAGCCAUCCAAACUGGAACAACAACCAGCUAAGUCCAAACAACAAUCAAAAGAAGCCAAACCAUUUUCCAUCCCUGAUAAAGAAUUCACUCCAGAAGAAGUUUCCAAACACAACACCAAAAAGGAUUGUUGGUGCAUUAUCAAGAAUGUUGUUGUUGAUUUAACUGAAUUUUUGGAUCAUCAUCCAGGUGGUGCUGCUUCAAUUACCAAUUUUGGAGGAAGAGAUGCAACAGAAAGUUUUGAAAUGUUGCAUGAAGAUAAUUUUAUUCCUAAAUAUGUUCCCAAUUGUGUAUUGGGUAGGAUCAAAGGAACCAAACCUGAAUUAGACUUAUAA